GGCUGUGUGGAAGCGGCCCCAGUUCAAAGCAGAUAAUGUGGGAAUUUUCUGCCUUGAUAUUCUGGGUUAUAUGGCUGUGUGGACGGACCCCGAGCCUUCUCUUCUGCAGGCUAAACAUUCCCUGCUCUUUAAACCGCUGCCGUGUAAAUACGCCCUUAAUCUCCAUCUGAGGAGCAGCAAACAAGCAUGCCCCCUCCUCAAGGAGACAUCUUUCCACAUUUUAAGCAUGGCUAUCAUGACUGGUCUUAACCGUUUCUUCUCCAGGGUAAACAUACCAAGCUCCAGGCCCUGUAUCGCUUUGAUAGUCCCCUUUCGCCAGUCAAGCCGAGGCUGGAGCGCCACGUGUGGGGAGUGCUUGGAUGGGCGGAAUGGGGUUGGGCUGGAUGACCCUCGGGGCCUCUUUCCCAGCGCCAGGAUUCUGUGAAGGGAGAGGAAGGAGCGCGAGCGAACCUGGAAGGGGCUCCCGGGGAGAGCGUGGUCUCCAUGGCGACCCGAUUGUGACGCGGCGGGCGGCGUAACCAUAGCGCCGGCUAGGCAACGGGUCCAAGGAUGGAGGGAAGGAGGGAGGCGCGCCUGCACGUGGUCCCGCACCUUGGCAGCGCGAGGCUCCCGCGAGGCGGCGGUGGCGGCGGCGGCGCGUGGCCUUGGGGAGGGGCGGGGGAGGGUCCCGGAGCGGAGAACGUUGGCCCCCCCGCCAACCGCAGGAGACAAACGGGCGCCGGGUCACAGAGGCGGGCGGGCUGAGCUCACAAUCCCGCAACAAUCCCGCUGAGCGGCAUGGAGAAAGGGGCGCCGGAGGAAACCCCCCGGGAGGCGGCCCGGCUCCUGCUGCACCCGGCGGCCUGGCAAGGCGCCGCGCCCCGCCUGGACCGCCUCCUCCUGCAGCCUCUGCCCGGGCCGGCCAGCCGGGAGGCGCCCGCCCUGCUCCUCUUCCCCGCCAAGCCGCCCCCGCCGCCCAGGAAGGAUGGCCAAGCCGGCGGAGGGCUGUCCCAAGGGCAGCAGCAGCCCCAGCAGGCCGGCCCUUCUUGCGAGGGGAAGGAGGCCAAGGGCCCGCAAGUCAAGGCAGAAGAGCAAGAGAGCCCCUCGCUCCUGCCGGCAGCAGCAGCAGCAGGAGGAGGAGGGGGCGGCAGCACUGGCAGCAAGAAGAAAAGGGGGGAGCACAAGGCUGCCGCGGGUCGUCGGGGCGCCAAGGAGGAGGCUGGCCCCAGCGUCAAAGCAGAGGAGGACCUCGCCCAGGAGGAGGCGGGAAGCUGCCAGGCCAGAGACCCGGGCAUCAAGACAGAGCUGGAGGACCCGCCCGAGGGAAGCCUCAAGGCCGAGGGGGAGGAAGGGCCCGAGCCUCGGCCGCCCUCCAACGGCCCCGCCGCGCCCCACAAGGAGGCCCGGCCCAGCCAGCCCCCGGGGGCGCCUCCUCCGCCGCCGCCGCCGCCCGAGCUGAAGAUCCCGCUGACGCUCCACCCGGUCCCGCCCGGGGCCAGGAUCCAGUUCCAGGGCCCGCCACCGCCUGAGCUCAUUCGGGUCACCAAGGUGCCCGUCACCCAAGUGCCCCUCAAAAUGCAGUCCCUGCUGGAGCCCUCCGUCAAAAUUGAGACUAAAGAUGUGCCUCUCACAGUGCUGCCCUCAGAUGCAGGCAUACCAGAUACUCCAUUUAGCAAAGACAGAGAUGGCCAUGUCAAGCGUCCUAUGAAUGCAUUCAUGGUUUGGGCAAGGAUUCACCGGCCAGCUUUAGCCAAAGCUAAUCCUGCUGCCAAUAAUGCAGAAAUAAGUGUUCAGCUUGGAUUAGAGUGGAAUAAGCUCACAGAAGAACAGAAGAAACCUUAUUAUGAUGAAGCUCAGAAGAUUAAAGAAAAACACAGAGAAGAAUUUCCUGGCUGGGUUUACCAACCACGUCCAGGCAAAAGGAAGCGGUUCCCAUUAACGGUAUCCACUGUAUUCUCUGGCACUACUCAGAAUAUCAUUGCUACAAGUCCAAUGACUGCCUCCACUGUCUUUACUGGAACAUCUCAGAAUAUUAUUACUACAAACCCAACUACUAUUUACCCUUUCCGAUCACCCACCUACUCUGUGGUGAUACCGAACGUGCAGAACAGCAUUGGACACCCAGUCUGUGAAGCCCCUUCUACGAUCCAGUUGCCAACUCCUUCUGUUCAGCAUCCAGGCCCUAUUACGCUGUUCCAGCCUAAUGUGGGAAGCACAACUCCACUGGCUGCCCCAACGGGAAAUCUUCCAAUUCGUCCAGUGCUUCAGCCUCCACGUUUUGCUGCACCUUCACCAACAGAAGCUCACCAUGUGUCUUCAGGAACAAAUUGCUCUAUAAAGAGACCCAAUCAGAUUUCCAUAGAGAGUGCGAGCAGGAACCUGAACAAUACAAGCACUGCACAUUCCAGAUACAGUGUCUCAAAUAGUCAACCCCCUAAGGAGUACUCAGGUGUUUCUUCUUGUUCUAGAAAUGGACCCAUUCCUCAAGCCCCCCCCAUCCCACAUCCCCAUGUUUAUCAGCCUCCUCCCAUUGGUCAUCCAGCCACUCUGUUUGGAGCAACUCCUCGGUUUUCGUUUCAUCAUCCUUACUUUUUACCUGGACCCCAUUAUUUCCCAUCAAGCACGUGUCCGUACAGUCGUCCUCCGUUUGGCUAUGGGAACUUCCCCAGCUCCAUGCCUGAAUGCCUAGGCUUCUAUGAAGACCAGUAUCAAAAGCAUGAGGCAAUGUUUUCAGCUCUGAACAGAGAUUAUCCUUUUAGAGAAUACCCUGAUGAGCAUACGCAUAAUGAAGACUCCCGGAGCUGCGAGAGCUUGGAAGGGGCAUCCUAUUAUAGCAGUCACAGUCAGACUGAAGAAGAAUAUUUAAACCCAAUGCCACAGUUGGACAUUGGGGCCCUUGAGAAUGUUUUUACUGCAACUCCAUCCACACCUUCCAGUGUACAGCAAGUCAAUGUGACUGAUAGUGAUGAUGAGGAAGAAGGGAAGGUUUUGAGAGAUCUGUAAUUUUCAAAGAAGCAAAUGACAGUAUCUAGCAUACGUUUUUUUUUAAAAAAAACAUAAAAUAAACUAUGUUGGUCAUAUAACACCAUUUUAGUGAGUGUGGUCAAGGAGAGGCAACAAACCAAGGAUGCUGUAAAACUAUUAUGAGUGCUUCCUUAUAGUAACUGUAUGUUACGCAUUACGUCUUCUUUCAGGUGUGACGGUGUGAAGGCAGCUCAUAUGAUUGUGCAGCUUAUUUAAUAUGUUUAAGUAGCAAUUUCCUAAACAAUAUGUCAGAUGUGCCUAAUCAAUAUGGCACUGAACAAAAAUAGCUAAUCGAUCUGCACUGCAAAUUCAGUGCAGUGCAAAUUUUCAUACAGAUAGCAUAUAGGCAACUCGCACAAUAUCAGCGUGAUACUGGUAAAAUGUACAGUAGCCUUCCCGUAAACCUGGUGUCUUAUUAUAGUCAUCAGAGGGAAGGGGGCAAACUUCACUUUCCUAAUCCAAGCAGAUUUUGCAUUGUGCUCCUAGGUGUUAAAGUGAAGGGGGG